AUGGAAACCCCUGGCGUGAGCGACGAUGAAGAAUUUUUUGAUGCAUUUGAAACCACAAUGCAGCUGAAACUGAAUCUAUCCAACAUUGACAUAGAAACAAAAAGCUUGGACUCUCUGAGUGUCGCAGAAUCAGAGCCUAAGCAAAUAGAAAAUUCUCAUAGUCCUUUAUACGACUCAACUCCUCAAAUUUUUUUAUCUGACUAUUCCACCUAUAACUCCUUAUCCCAUAAAGACCCAGAUCUUUCGAAAUCUAACAUUUCUACGCCUUCAAUAAAAAAUCUUAUUAAAAAGCAUCACAAAGAUUAUUUCGAAUUUGCUGAUGCCGAACAAAUCCAAGAGAUAGAUUUGGAUUCAAACACCAGCAAUAAAAUAUUAGUACUUAAAUUCAGCCCCGACGGCAGAUUUUUAGCUAUAAGUGGCCAAAAUCCUGAGAUUAAGCUAUAUGAAGUGUACAGACAGAGGGUCCAUGGACCUCAGAAUUUGUUUUAUGAUGUGCCUUAUAAUGUUAUGAUUGGGCAUACCUUGCCAGUUCUUGAUAUUUCGUGAUCUCAAAGUUCGACUUACUUUCUUUCUGCAAGUGAAGAUUGGAAUGUUUUUCUUUGGAGUAUUGCAAACUCUACUUCAGUUUUACAGUUCAAGCACCCAAAUACUGUGAGCUGUGUUUGCUUUCACCCAUUUAACGCAAAUCAUUUUCUAUCAGGCUGUCAUGAUAAGACAGUCAGGAUUUGGAAUAUUCCGAACUACACCGUUGUAUGCUCAGCAGAAGCUCCUGAAAUUAUAACAGCGGGAAGCUUUACACCUAAUGGAGAUUUGAUACUUCUUGGCUUACUCCAUGGCCAGUGUCUUGUAUAUGAGCCUCAGUUUGAAGAGGAAAAAUUAAACUUACUCACUCAAAUUAACUGUAAAAAUAGUAGAGGUAGAAAAAGUAUGGGCAGAAGAGUGACUGGGUUUGACUUUUUAGAUGAGCAGCAGGCACUUAUAACUACAAAUGAUUCAAGGAUGAGGCUAUAUAACUUAAAGGAUUUCACAUUAAAACAAAAAUACAAAGGCCUAGUCAAUGAGAAGUUUCCUAUAAAAUCGACUUUCUCCCACAACUUAAUGCAUGCAGUAUCUGGGUCAGAAAAUGGAUGUAUAUAUGUCUGAAACACCUACUGCACAUGGGCGCCUAAAAUAAAUCCUAUUUUUUCAAGGAAAAAGAACUUCAAAAACUACAGUUAUGAGUGUUUCCCUGCUUCCAACACAAGAGCUCUUUGCUCUGCGAUUUUUGCCCCUGAUAAAGUUGUAAAGGAGGUCCAGACGCGCAAUAAAAGUUCAAAAAGUGACCAUAUAGUAAGUCAUAUAGUUGUAGUAGCGUGCGAAGGGAAAUUGAAAAUUUUUUAUAAUCAAUUUAAGAUCAUGACAUGGUAA